AUCGUUCGUGCAUAGCUCGAUUACGGCACUUCCCACCCCAACGUGGGCUGUGGAUGUGGCAGCACCGGUUCGGCUGACUACGUGUCUCCUGCACUGCACCUACAGGGGUAGUUGUUGUUGGUUUGGUUUAUUUUCACGUUGUCAGUUGUCCUCAGGUGUCAGUGCCAUGUUUGCCAGGCUGGCCUUGUGCUCUCGCCUUCCAUCCAGAGUCCGGCAGUCAAAUGUCUGUCCGGUCUCCAUCAGAACGUUUUCGCAGGCUAAAUUCUUGCUCCCACGUCCCCAUGGAAAGUCUUUUGCCCACCGCAGUGAGUUGAAGCAGGCCAAACGCAUUGUAGUGAAGCUUGGGAGUGCUGUGGUGACACGGGAUGAGUGCGGCCUGGCACUGGGGCGCCUGGCCUCAAUAGUAGAGCAGGUGGCCAUGCUGCAGAAUCAAGGCAGGGAGAUGAUGAUUGUCACCAGUGGUGCUGUGGCGUUUGGGAAGCAGAGACUGAGACAUGAGAUCCUGCUGUCUCAGAGCGUUAGACAAGCCUUGCAUUCUGGACAGAACCAACUCAAAGAGAUGUCUGUCCCAGUUUUGGAAGCGAGGGCAUGCGCAGCUGCUGGGCAGAGCGGUCUGAUGGCCUUGUAUGAAGCUAUGUUCACCCAGUAUAGCACCUGCACUGCACAAAUCCUGGUCACCAACCUGGAUUUUCAUGAUGAGCAGAAGCGUCGCAACCUGAACAGCACGCUCCAUGAACUGCUGCGGAUGAACAUAGUUCCUAUCAUCAACACCAACGAUGCUGUUGUGCCACCCCCUGUUCCCAGCAGUGACUUGCAGGGGGUAAAUGUAAUCAGCAUCAAAGAUAAUGACAGCUUGGCUGCACGUCUGGCUGUUGAAAUGAAAGCGGACCUCCUUAUUGCCCUGUCAGAUGUUGAAGGCUUAUACGACAGUCCCCCAGGAACGGAUGAUGCCAAGCUCAUUGAUAUAUUCUAUCCUGGAGACCAGCAGUCAAUCACAUACGGCACUAAGUCCAGAGUCGGCCUUGGUGGCAUGGAAGCCAAGGUGAAAGCAGCCCUCUGGGCACUACAGGGUGGGACGUCUGUUGUCAUCGCCAAUGGAACACAUCCCAAAGUCACGGGCCACGUCAUCACAGACAUUGUGGAAGGGAAGAAGGUUGGCACCUUCUUCUCUGAAGUGAAACCUGCAGGUCCAACGGUGGAGCAGCAGACAGAGAUGGCUCGGCAUGCAGGCAGGACUCUGGCCUCUCUGCACCCUGAACAGAGAGGGGAGAUCAUUUGCUGUCUGGCUGAGCUGCUUACAGAGAAGAAAGAUGAGAUUCUAAGCGCCAACAAGAGAGACAUGGAGUUAGCAACAGCAUCAGGUCGUUUGUCCCAAGCUCUGAUCAAUCGCCUCAGUUUGUCAACUGCGAAGCUGAACAGCCUUGCCAUUGGCCUCCGUCAGCUUGCCGUGUCCUCCAGGGAUAGCGUAGGCCGGGUGCUAAGGAGGACCAGGGUGGCCAACAAUCUAGAGCUGGAACAGAUCACUGUCCCCAUUGGUGUUUUGCUGGUCAUCUUUGAAUCACGUCCUGAUUGUCUCCCACAGGUGUCAGCCUUGGCUAUUGCCAGCGGAAAUGCCUUGCUACUGAAGGGGGGUAAAGAAGCUUCCAACACCAACAAAAUUCUUCAUCAACUUACUCAGGAAGCGCUUUCCAUUCAUGGAGUUGCUGAUGCUAUUCAGCUGGUGAGCACACGUGAAGAAGUUGAAGAUCUGUGCAGACUAGACAAGAUGAUCGACCUGAUCAUUCCAAGGGGCUCUUCCCAGCUGGUCCGGGACAUCCAAAGGGCAGCAAAGGGCAUUCCUGUACUGGGCCACAGCGAGGGCGUCUGUCACGUGUACAUAGACAGCGAUGCCAGCAUAGACAAAGCUCUUGAUGUUGUCAAAGACUCCAAGUGUGACUACCCUGCAGCCUGCAAUGCCAUGGAGACACUCCUUAUUCACAGAGAUUUGCUGCGAACUCCUAUAUUUGACCAGAUCAUUGACAUGCUGAGAACAGAACAUGUGAAGAUCCAUGCAGGCCCACGGUUUGCAUCCUACUUGACUUUCAGCCCAUCUGAGGUGAAGUCUCUGAGGACAGAGUAUGGGGACCUGGAGUGCUGCAUUGAGGUGGUAGACAGCAUGCAGGAUGCUGUGGACCACAUCCACAAAUACGGCAGCUCCCACACUGAUGUCAUUAUUACUGAAAACGAAGAGACAGCCGAACAGUUCCUGCAGCAGGUGGAUAGCGCUUGUGUAUUCUGGAACUCCAGCUCUCGCUUUGCUGAUGGCUACCGCUUUGGUCUAGGAGCUGAGGUUGGUAUAAGUACAGCACGGAUACAUGCCAGAGGUCCAGUCGGUCUGGAGGGGCUUCUGACAACCAAAUGGGUCCUUCGUGGAGAAGGGCACACUGUGGCUGACUUCUCUGAGCAAGGCAGUCUGAAAUACCUUCAUGAAAACAUCCCUGUCCCACAUGGGAGCUUUAGUUAGGUGUCCAGCCAAAGAGUCAAGAAGAAUCAACAGCAGCCAAGAAAAACUGAUGUCCACAGAGUUUAUUUAAAGGUUUGUGUCUGGCGGGAGCACUUUUUAGCUGCUGCUUCAUCCCCUGUAUAAAUCCACUAUGAUAUAUACAGAACAGAGGCUACUUUUACCAGACAGCCAAGUUCCUGGUUGGUGAACCUGUGCAUAAACAAUCAAUCAGUCAAGUUUAAAAAAAAAUAUGUAUUCUCCUGAGAAAAUGGCUUGUUGUUUCAUGACCGGUGUGUGGGGACAUUUAUUAUGGUUAAAGAAAAAAGAAACUAAUUCAGCUAUCAUUAUGUGACAGGUGAAACAAAAUCUACACAGACAAAGCUCAAAGCCAUUUUUAUGGCAUCAGAAAAGAAAUCAAUGCCCAGCUGUUAUUUUCUAACUUAUUUUUCUACAUCCAAACUCUCCCUGUGGUCUUUUUGUAAUUUACUGUAAUUGUUGUUUGUGCAGGAUCUCAGUUCAGAUUUAUUUAGCUGUCUUCCCUCUUUGCACAGAUGAUGUAAUAAAUAUGCUGUACAGUUCUUUA